GCUGGGCAGUCGGAGGUGCGGGAAGCCAGUGGAAGGAGGAGUCAGCUUGCUGGGAUUUUACAGGUCUGUGCUUAGCACUGCCCGAGGCUAGGAAAGUAAGAGAAAGAAACGGCUCGGAUCACUAAUUGAAAUUAGACAGGAAAAAAGAUGAGAAGCAGAGACAAUAUGAACCCCUGUCAAAAAAUGGAAGGAAAUACAGAAAAUGAGAAUGAACCAAAGCCUGAGGAGAAGCCAGAAGAGGAGGAAGAACCAGAGGAGGAGGAGAAUGCAGAAAAAACCUUUAGAGAAAGGCUAAUUCAAUCUCUCCAAAAAUUUAAAGAAGACAUACAUAACAGGCAUUUAAGCAAUGAGGAUAUGUUUAGAGAAGUGGAUGAGAUACAUGAGAUAAAGAGAGUGAGAAACAAACUUAUUGUGAUGCGUUGGAAAGUUAAUCGAAACCAUCCUCACCCCUAUUUAAUGUAGCUUACCUUGAUGUCUAUUUUAUCUGAUAUUAACAUUGCCAUAUAGAUUUUUUUCUCUUUUUUUUUAGCAUUUUCCUGAUAUAUCUUUGCCCAUCUUUCUACUUUUAACCUCUUAUUCUUAGUAGUUUUAGAUGUACCUCUUGUUAUCUACAGUUCAUUGUUUAUUGUAGUUGGAACCAAUCUACAAAUCUUUUAAAAGGAGAGCUUUACUAAUUUGUAAG